CCGGGGAUUCUGAACCAUCAUGCGCAUGCGCAAGACAAUACACACGUGGGGCAUGUUUCUGAAUACAUAUUUGGUGAAGUUAUUAGGGCUGUCGUAUUCAGUCCACAUUUGAAGGCUUUUAUCCGAUUCAGUUUGUAAUUUCUAGGGAGGUAAAAUGCCUUUAUAUUCAUUCUCCAGCUGAUGAAUCACAGUUACCUCAUCACAGAAGUUGUUCGGUGAAAUUUCGAUUGCGAGGAAACAUGGCCAGCCUUGCUGCGAAGUAUGAUUAUCUGGAGAAGUUGACACGUAAAGUAUGCGUAUCUCAGAAAAAGGAGCCAAAGAAAAGACCCUAUGUUCCAUUCCGAGGCAGCGGGGUUAAUGAUGGCGCUCCUCCAAAGAAGAAAAAGAACAAGCAAAACCCAACAAAAGGAGACAACAUGAAUGCAAGCAAAAAUAAACCAGUUUUAAAGAACACUCAGCCUGCAGUACCUCCAGCUCAGAGAAAACCAGUUCAGAAUGGGACUUCAGAGACACAAAAGAAGCCUGAGGGUGGAACAUCACAGGAAUUUAAUGCUGUAGACAUUCUUCGUCAGAGGCUCCACCAGAAGAUUGAGGAGUCUCGUGGACAGGGCCCUCCUAAAGAUUCUUCCUCGGAUGAGGUAAAGAAGAAACGAGAAAAACGAAAACAAGAAAGGGAGCGUCAGAAGAGGAAAAAGAAAGAGUUUAGAAUGAAAAAGUUAGCAGAUGCUGCAGCUUUGCAGGCAGGAGAAGAAGACAAAGAAGCAGCAAAACCCCAACUGCAAGUCAGCUCUACAUCGAACACACCUGCCAAAAAGGAGCAGAGCUUCAUAGUCUUCAACAAGAUGGAUGUCGGAGAAGACUAUGUGGACAAAGGAUCCAAGCUGAUCCAGAAUAAAAAGAAAAGGAAAGUUAAAGGAAUACUGACUCCGCUCACUGGCAAGAACUACAAGCAGCUUUUAACACGCAUCGAGGCGAGGAAAGAUUAUCUGGAGCAACUUAGGGAGAAGGAUGAAGGCAAAGCACAAAGAGAGGAAGAGAAGAUGAAGUGGACCAAUGUUCUCUACAAAGCUGAAGGUAUGAAGAUCAAAGACAAUGAGGAACUCCUUCAUGCAUCUUUAAAGAAGAAGGAGAAGAGGAAAGCUCAGAAGAAAAAGAAGUGGGCAAAGAGGAGCCAGCAAGUUGUGGAGAAGAUGCAAAAGAGACAAGACAAGCGGAAAAGGAAUAUUAAGCAACGCAAGGAUGCCAAGAUAGAGAAGCGCAAACAGAGGGCAAGGAAAAAGGGUUGUGUACUGCCUGGGGAUAUCAAGAAGGCCGACUUAUAGGCAGAAAGGAUGAAAAGCAGGACUUUGCCUUGUGUUUAGGACUGAACGAGAUCAAAAAAAAUUCACAAUUCAUUGUGAAGAAAUUAUUUUUUUCUGUUGUCACUUUUAAGAUGUCAGCUUUAUAAAGAGAAUGAUUUGUCUA